AUGGCUGCAAAGGAUGGAUUAUCAUUCAACGUUCUUGCAUCUUCCCAAGAAAUCAAGAAAGGACUUGCUGCGAGAAAAUUCGAGAAGAUCCCUUCUUCUCCGAAUACCGUCAGAUCAAUGGUUUUCCAAUAUGAACGGAAGUUUCGUGAGGAAUUGAUCGCAAAGCUCAACAAAAGAAAAGCUGAACGUGAACGCUUUAGUGUCACAUUGGAUGAGUGGACUUUGAACCGCAACAGAAGAUAUAUGAAUGUCAAUAUACAUGCUGGAUCGGAGGUGUAUAACUUGGGCCUGAUACAAGCUACCGGAAGCGUUACUGCUAACGCUUCCGGUACUUGGCUCAGUUCAAGAUAG